CGCAUUGCCUCUACAGAGGCGAGGGCCGUGUGGGAGCGCGAAGGCGCCGGAGCGUUUUCUUCCUCACCCCCAGCAGCAGCAGCAGCAGCAGCAGCAGCGACGGGCGGAGAGAGCGAGCCACACCUCGUGCAGACGGCUGGCUUUCCCAAGGAAAGGGAAGUUUCCACGCCAGUCUAGCCCAGGGACACCUCGCAAGGAAGGCGAGCGGGGAAGGCAGAAAGCCGCGACGGGGGACGCGGCGUCCGCCAGCAACCCAGAACGUGUAGUCCAACCGGGAUCCAACCGGGAGCCAUAUUUGCGCCUGCAAUUGCUUCAUCGUCGAUCGCAGAAAGGAACUCUGCGCUCUUGGCAAAGCGCCUUUUCUCUGGAACGACGGACCGCUUCUUGACCCUCGGGAUAAACCUGCAGGCCAGCCACCACUUGACCUUUUCCGACCCCACAGCUGAAGGAACUUUUGCUUGUGGUGGUGGAACUCCCUUCCAGCUUGGAGAGGAAGGUGUCCGUGUGAACAAGGUCCAGUUUACCAGUCUCUGAGAGAACAACCCAUCAGGCAGAAAGCUGGAAGCCUCGACGAAUAUGAGCGAUUUCUGGCACAAGCUGGGAUGCUGUGUGGUAGAAAAACCGCGGCAGAAGAAGACGCGGCGGAGAAUCGACCGCAGCAUGAUAGGGGAGCCAAUGAAUUUCGUUCACCUGACGCACAUCGGGUCCGGAGACAUGGCAAAUGAGGGUCUCCCGAUGACGGGGGCGGUGCAUGAAAUGAGAUCCAAAUGUGGCCGGGAUCGACAGUGGAGCAGCUCCCGCGUUUUGUAGCUCCCUGAAGAGCUUUUCCCGCUUCCUCGUUGUUCCCGGCUAAUGAAUUAACAAAGAAACCCCCCAACUGAGAAAAGAAUAUAGAUAUAUAUACAGCCCUCACUCAGCUGGCCUGUUUGGUCUUGUUGAAGCAGGUUGCCAAAACGCAGAAGACAUCCAGCGCCCUUCGUAACUUACGCAACUGGAUUCCCAAUGUCCCGAAAUUGAUUUUUUUAAAAAAAAAUUUGAGAGAGCGAGAACAGCGAAAGAAGCAACUUAUUCCCCGUCUGAUGCUGGCCUCGCUGAUAUGCGUAGAACAAGUUUGGACUGAAUCAAAGCCUCUCUUACAUGGUGCCCCCCCCCCCCCAUGCGCACGCCCCAUCUUGGCGAGAGGCUUUGGACUGCAGGUUUUUCACGCCUUCCUCUGUUUUGUGGCUGUUGUGUUUUGAUUUCUGCAACCCUUGCGAAGAGUCUGAUGUUGGCACAUUCAGCAGCAGUUUACGCCCCCUGCUUCUGCGACGAACGGGAACUGAGCUGGUUGUGUCAGUCUUUGCUGUCUUUUUAAAGCACAUUUCAUUUCGUUUUGUUUUUCCCCACAUCUGAAGAGGAACACUUGGAAAGAAUGGUUGCUGUUAUGUCGUGUGUGUGUGUGGGUUUCUUUUUAUAUGGAAGUAUAUCCACUGGAUUUUUAUCCUCACGAGCAUUUCGAAGCUUACGAGGAGGGAAGGAGGAUCAACCUUACCACGAGGCACAAUUUUGGAGCACCUUUACGAGCGGGAAGCAGAUCUGCUGCACAGAACGCUCCCCUGUGGGAAUCUCCCCUGCCGAAAUGACUGGGAGUUGCAUGAGAGCAUGGUUGGUGAUGCCACAGGUGCUAGCCAACUGGUGGCUUCCACAGCUCGCCAGUGUCCCCUACAGCAGUGCUCUUGAAGACCUCCGUGCUAAUUGGUAAGAAGGGGAGUUUCCAUUUUUGGGUUUUUGCUUCAAAAUAUCUCAUGCCGGCCUUGUCUGUCCCUCUUUCCAAAAACCUGCACCUUCCAGGACGUUUGUGAAAUGCUGACAAGACACCGGACAGGAGGCAUUUGGGGCCAUCAGAUGAAGCGGAGUGACUCCGUCUCCUUAGCCAAGAGAAUUAAAUAAGGAAGACAGAGAACAUCUCGCACAGACAACGGCAGUGCCAUUGUGCUGCCACCUUUUAGGGCGCGAAGCAUCACAGCCAGAGAAGCUCUGGAUCAAAUUAAGGGAACUGGGAACUUUGUUAGGGGGAAAAAAGCACAGUGUUCUUGUUACAGGUGCCUAAUUGGGCAAAGCUUUUCAUUCUGAUGGGGGGGGGGAAAUAUUUCGCUGAGGGGAGGCGGUGAGUCGCAGAAGUGUUGGGCUUCCAUUUAAACCAGGGAGGGGAGAGGGGGAAUCUGUGGUCCUCCAGAGUUUGUUGGACUCCAGCUCGCAGCACGGCUGAUGGGAUGUUGAUGAUGAUGGGAAAUGGGAGUCUGGCAACCUCUGGAGGGCCACAGCUGCCUGGCCACAGCUGCCCACCCACCCCCAUCCACGCUUUGAAGGGUGAAAUCUAUCCAGAGGCAUUCCAUCUUUGGAGACGUCAUUAUCGCUGUUGGUCUUUAUGCGGCAUACAUACAAAAGCCCCCUCCCAGAACUGCAAAUCCCCAGUCGCUCCUGUCCCUUCUUUCUUUGGUGCUGGAGUGAUUGAGCAAGAUGUCCUGAUGCCCUCCUCUCUUCCUUAUACAUGGACGUGGAGCCUCAGGCCCCAGGGGUUGAAUGCGGCCCCCCAGGCAUCUCUGUCUGGCCCUCAGAACUCUCCCCAGGCCAUGCCCCUCACUGACCCUCCUUGACGCGCCGGAAGCUUUUGCCUGACCGGAAUUACGUCCUGGAACUCUGAUCGUGACUCUGGUUUACCUGGAUGGAGUAUUGGGGGGGGGCUUGAGUGUGUGUAGAACAGCCUUUUUCAACCAGUGUGCCUCCUGAUGUUGUUGGACCACAACUCCCAUCAGCCCCAGCCAGCAUUGCCAAUGGUCAGGAAAGAUGGGAGUUGUGGUCCAACAACAUCUGGAGACACACUGGUUGGGAAAGGCUGGUGUAGAAACUAGACUACUGUACAAAAGUAAAAUAUACAAGUGCUGCCCCGCCCACAUUUCCCUCUGGCCCCACCCACCACUGGCAUGUGGUCCCCAGAAAGUUACCCAGAAAGAAACACAGCUGUCUGGCCGGAAAAAGAUCCCCCUCAACCCCUGCUUUGAUAGAUUGCUGCUUUUGCCUGAAAGGGGUCUCCAAAACAGAGGAGAAUCUUCCUCCUCAGGAGGGUGUGUGUGUGUGUUAAAACACUUGUCCGGUAUUUCAAAUCCCAGGAUCAAGUUUCUAAGCAUCAUGACCCUCAGGAACCUGGAUGCUUUUCAGCCUGGCCCGGUUGGGGGGCGGUUACUGUGUUGACGCCCACAGGCACUCAUUCUCUCUCAUUCACGGUGGCGUUGCAGACCAUAUGAAGCCCACAAGGCUGAACUUGAAUCAAUUUAGGUUUCCACUGCAAAAAAGACCCACACUUUUCUAUUUUUUUUUUUUUAAUGGCUUUGCUUUCCUGGAGAAAUGCCGACUUUGUGUACGUUGGGGGGAAACCACCAGUGUGCUUUUCUAGAUCAGGGUGAGGGGGACUCGGAUGAGAAUGACCCCACCCAAUU